AUGCUCUCCUUACGAACACUCGCCCGCAGUGCCCCGCGCUCUGCCGCCCGCUUAUCCACCAAAGCCGUUCGCCCACAGUCGCUGCGACCGGCGGCAGUGUUCCAGCCAUGGGCUGCCCCAAUCCCUCGCCUCACAUCAGCCUUCCACGUGUCGGCUGUGAGGAGACAGGAUGAUGGAGUCAGUGAAGAGCUGGUCGCAAAGCUCCAGAGCGAAAUCUCCAUGGAGGAGGGCAUGAAGGAGGACGAGGACCUCUCCGCCAACAUCAAGGACUACCUCGAGAACAGCCCUUUUGAGAUUGAAGACAAACCCGGCAGCCAGGAAGUCGUCCUUAGCCGCACUUACAACGACGAGAAGAUCCGCAUCACCUUUUCCACCUCCGACCUCAACAACAACCAGGCCGACGACCUUGAAGACAACGCCAUCUAUGACGAUGCCGAUAUGGAUGUGCAGUCUGGAGGCGCCAACACCAAGGGUUCCAUCAACCAGGGUAGGACUCAGGAUGGAAACGUCCGCGUAGCACCCGAGGACCGCGUUGCGCCUGCCGACCGCGAGGAGCUCGAGGAAGACUACGAAGAUGAGGGCCAACAGCAGGGUUUCCCCGCACGCGCUAGCAUCCGCAUUGAGCGUCCCGGAAAGGGCGCUCUGGCCAUUGAGGCUACCGCUCAGGACGGUGAUUUCCUCAUUGACGAUCUCUACUACUUCCCCUCUGCUGAGCUUGCCGACCCCGCUACUGCUGAGCAGGACUGGUCAAGACGCUCUCUUUACACCGGCCCUCCCUUCAACAACCUCGAUGAGGACCUCCAGAUUCUCCUUGAGAAGUACCUCGAGGAGCGUGCCAUCAACACCCGUCUUGCGCUCUUCAUCCCUGACUACAUAGACCACAAGGAACAGAAGGAGUACAUUAGGUGGCUCAACACCCCGCAUGCGGUUGGGUCCCCGGUAUACACCCUCAAAGAUCGAGGUACCUCCUUUGAUAAACGCUUUUCGCAACUUUUUGACUCGUUUUUCCAACAAGGGACGGAAGAUAGAACGUAG